AUUAACUCUUUCAGUCAGCUGGCCUCCGGCAGUGGCUGGGCAAGUUUGUCCUGGAAACAUCUGCUCUGGAAGGUCAGGGAGGAGGAGUAGAAUAACUUUUUCAUGGGGGACUGCUUUGAGAAGGGACAGCAGGCUUUGCUCAAUGAAGGAGAAGAGAAUGAGAUGGAGAUAUUCGGCUACCGGACUCAAGGCUGCCGGAAAAUCCUCUGCCAUGCUGGAUCCAUUUUCUCACUUGGGAUCCUCCCUCUGGUGUUUUACUGGAAACCUGCCUGGCAUGUGUGGGCAAAUUGUGUCCCAUGUUCUUUGCAAGAAGCAGAUGUUGUGCUGCUGAGGACAACAGAUGAAUUCCAAAUUUACUCUUGGAAAAAGGUAGUGUGGAUCUGUCUGUCAGAAUUAAACAGAGCAUUUGCUCUCACUCCUGACCACCCUCUCAUUGCAGAUGAGGAGUUCAUCAUAAAUAGAGCCAUAAGAAAGCCAGAGCUAAAGGUGAGAUGCAUACAAGUACAGAAAAUAAGAUAUGUUUGGAACAACUUGGAAGGACAGUUCCAGAAAAUUGGCUCUUUGGAAGAAUGGCUCAGCUCUGCCAAGAUACAUCUAAAAUUUGGAUCAGGUCUAACAAGAGAAGAACAAGAUAUUAGGAGGUUAAUAUGCGGGCCAAAUACUAUCAAAGUGGAAAUCACACCCAUUUGGAAACUGCUCAUUAAGGAGGUUUUAAAUCCAUUUUACAUAUUUCAACUCUUCAGUGUCUGUCUGUGGUUUAGUGAAGACUAUAAAGAAUAUGCUUUUGCCAUCAUAAUCAUGUCCAUCAUUUCCAUGGCCUUGUCAGUGUAUGAUUUGAGACAGCAAUCUAUAAAGCUCCACCAUCUGGUUGAGUCACAUAAUAAUGUUACAGUGUCUGUAUAUGGGAGAAAAGUUGGAGUCCAAGAGCUGGAAUCACGCUUCCUGGUCCCUGGAGAUCUAUUAAUUUUGACAGGGAACAAAGUGCAGAUGCCAUGUGAUGCCGUCCUGAUUGAUGGCAGCUGUGUGGUCGAUGAAGGCAUGCUGACAGGAGAGAGUAUCCCAGUCACUAAAACUCCAUUACCCAUGAUGGAUAGCUCUGUGCCCUGGAAAACACAGAGUGAAGGGGAUUACAAACGGCACAUCCUCUUCUGUGGAACCGAGGUUAUCCAGGCCACGGGAGCUUGUUCUGGGGCCGUGGUGAGAGCGGUGGUGCUGCAGACUGGAUUCAACACUGCAAAGGGGGACCUUGUGAGAUCCAUUCUAUACCCCAAGCCAGUGAACUUUAAGCUCUACAGGGAUGCCAUCAUGUUCCUCCUGUGCCUCGUGGGGACAGCCACCAUUGGGAUGAUCUAUACUUUGUGUGUCUAUGUGCUCAGUGGGGAACCUGCCGAGGAGGUGGUGAAGAAAGCCUUGGAUGUUAUUACAAUUGCAGUCCCUCCCGCUCUGCCUGCUGCCCUGACCACGGGUAUUAUCUAUGCCCAGAGGAGGCUGAAGAAGAGAGGCAUCUUUUGUAUCAGUCCCCAGAGGAUCAAUGUAUGUGGACAAUUGAACCUUGUCUGCUUUGAUAAGACAGGCACCUUAACAAGGGAUGGCUUAGAUGUCUGGGGAGUCGUGCCCUGCGAGAGGAGUGGUUUCCAGGAAGUCCACAGGUUCACCUCUGCCAGAGCUUUGCCCUGGGGCCCACUGUGUGCGGCCAUGGCCAGCUGCCACUCUCUCAUCCUUCUUGAUGGCACCAUCCAGGGAGACCCUCUGGAUCUCAAAAUGUUUGAAGCUACCACCUGGAAAAUGGCUAUUUCUGGGGAUGAUUCCCACAUCAAGGGAGUGCCGGCACAGGCAAUGGUAGUUAAGCCCUGCAACACAGCCAGUCAGGUUCCGGUGGAAGGAAUUGCAAUCCUGCAUCAGUUCCCAUUCUCAUCAGCACUGCAGAGGAUGACAGUCAUUGUCCAAGUGAUAGGGGGUGACCAACUGAUAUUCAUGAAGGGUGCGCCAGAGAGGGUGGCUAGCUUUUGCCAGCCUGAGACAGUACCAACUAGUUUUGUUAGUGAACUUCAGAUUUACACGACACAGGGUUUCCGAGUCAUAGCCCUGGCCUACAAAAAACUGGAAAUAGACCACUACACCACUUCCUUGAGAAGGGACAAGGUAGAAUCAGACCUGAUAUUUCUGGGAUUAUUGAUCUUGGAGAAUCAAUUGAAGGAGGAGACAAAACCUGUCCUAGAAGAGCUCAUCUCGGCCCGGAUAAGGACUGUAAUGAUCACAGGAGACAACCUGCAGACUGCAAUAACUGUGGCCAGAAAAUCUGGAAUGGUUUCUGAAAACCAGAAAAUUAUUCUCAUUGAAGCAAAUGAAGGCUCUGGGCCAUCACCAGCAUCCAUAUCCUGGAAAUUAAUAGAAGAAAAGAAACACUUUGUAUACGGGAAUCAGGAUAAUUACAUCAGGCAAGAAGUCUCUGAUAAUGGCAGAGAGGGAAGUUACCACUUUGCCCUAAGUGGAAGAUCCUUUCAGGUCAUAAGUCAGCAUUUCAGUAGCCUCCUGUCAAAGAUACUGAUAAAUGGGACCAUCUUUGCAAGAAUGUCCCCUGGGCAGAAAUCGAGUCUGGUGGAAGAAUUUCAGAAAUUGGAUUACUUUGUAGGUAUGUGUGGUGAUGGAGCCAAUGACUGUGGGGCUUUGAAAAUGGCUCACGUGGGCAUCUCUUUAUCAGAACAAGAGGCAUCUGUGGCCUCACCUUUUACUUCCAAAACACCAAACAUUGAGUGUGUACCUCACCUUAUCAAGGAAGGACGUGCAGCUCUUGUUACCUCAUUUUGCAUGUUUAAGUACAUGGCUCUGUACAGCAUGAUUCAGUAUAUUGGUGUGCUGCUGCUCUACUGGGAGACAAACAGCCUUUCAAAUUACCAGUUUCUGUUCCAGGAUCUGGCCAUUACAACUCUUAUUGGUGUGACAAUGAACUUGAAUGGUGCCUACCCCAAGCUGGUGCCUUUCAGACCUGCAGGACGGUUGAUCUCCCCACCUCUGCUGCUCUCUGUGGUUCUCAACAUUCUUCUCAGCCUGGCCAUGCAAAUUGUGGGCUUCAUUCUGGUCCAGAGGCAGCCUUGGUAUUCCACAGACAUGCACAGUGCCUGUACAGAGCAAAAUAACACCAUCUCAGAGUUAACCAGUUCUCCAUCUGCUUCAGGAAAAAAUGGAAGUAAUAGUGACUUCACAAGUUUUGAGAGCACCACUGUAUGGUUCUUGGGCACAAUCAACUGUAUCAUUGUGGCCCUUAUCUUCUCUAAAGGAAAGCCAUUUAGGCAGCCCACCUAUACAAACUAUAUCUUUGUCCUUGUGCUGAUGAUACAGCUGGGGGUGUGUCUGUUCAUUCUAUUUGCUGAUAUUCCAGAAUUAUAUAGGCAAUUGGAUCUGAUCUGCACGCCUGUCCUGUGGAGGGUCUACAUCAUCAUCAUGCUCAGCUCAAAUUUCAUUGUGUCCUUUGUGGUGGAGGAGGCCAUUAUUGAAAACCGAACCCUGUGGAUGACAAUCAAAAAAUGUUUUGGAUAUGAAUCAAAAAGCCAGUAUCGAGUAUGGCAGAGGGCCUUGGCAAGUGACCCCAACUGGCCCCCGAUAAAUCAGACCUCCUACUCUGACGUCCUGUGGUAUGGCAGGGAGGUGUCUUACAGCAACCCAGUGUUUGAAAGCAACGAGGAGUAACUUUGAAGGCAAAGUGAUACCCUGGUUGAUAUAACAUAGAAAUGCUGAUAAAAUGAACCCAUUUCAGUGAUUUUUAAGCAAGAAGACUCAUAAUAUCAGCCAGAGGUUUGGGAAUCAAAAACCCAUCCAAUCAUGGUGGCCAGUCUGUUUGAUAAAAUUUUUGCAGAGCAAAACACUGCCCUAAAGAGUGCUUUCCUCAUGGCGUCUUGAUUCAGUGAAUCAAGAAUGGGCCCAGAUAGCAAAAGGCCAAGAGACUGGGAGGCUAAAGGAGAGAGAGAAUAUUUAAUCUCUCUUCUUAGCUCAUAUAUGUUUUCAGUCCAUUAAGGGAAAGUAGCAGUGGAUAUAGUCAUAGAAUUGUAACAUGUUAAAGGUCAUUUUUGAAUUCUUAUUUUAUCAGUGGAAAAACCAGAGCCUGGGAGCUAUCAGACUUUCUUCUGGUAUGGUUUCCUUCCCUUUGCAGUACUUUUCAGAUUUGAGAUGCUUCUACUUCCGGCCUUCCCUUACAGAUUAGUAAGGAUAGGCUAAGUCGAUGCUGCUGCAGUAAUGAUCAACAGUAUCUCAGUGGUUGAAUAUGCAACAGCUUCUUUCUUGAUCCAGGUGACUCUGGAACAAUUGUCCUUGCAUCUAACGGUUCCUCCAAUGGAAAGUGUGAACUCUGUUUUCUGUGCCAGGGAAGGGAAUGCCUGAAGUUGAAGCAAGGGCUCUUCACUGCCUCCCCACCCCACCACCCACAUCUCAUUAACCAGGGAUUUGGCAAAGUGGCUGGGGAGUGCAGUCUCUUGUAUUUAGGUCCAUCUUUGUGGCCUAUGACCUGUGCAGUCAUGUAGGGCCCCAUGCUUAGAAGGGCUCCCCAAUUAAUACAUGCCCUCCUCUUGCCAUCCUGAAAUCCUUCAGUUUUGAGCAAGGGCCCCCCCACUUUUUCACUUUACACUGAACCCACAAUGGUGUAGUUGGUCUGGCUUGGACUCGUGGGAAAAAAGGAAAGUAGCACAUCUCCAAGAGCACAGGGACUGCCUCCUGAACUCCAUGUUCUUGACCUUGUGAAGGUCUGUGUUUUAGGACCCCUCACCUCACAUGCCCAACUCUGAGAGUGUUCACUCCUCGGCUUCUUUAUUUUUGAGAAAGGUUGUAGUCUUAUGCUACAACAUUAUAUAGAUAAUAACACUAUUAGUUAUCACUGACAUGUCCUUAUAUGGCCUAUGCAUUUCCUAAAUUGGAAGUUCCAGUUUUCAGAAAAUAAAAAAUUUCCUAUAUUUCAAUCACUAUUGCAAUUUGGCUAUUUUGGAUUCAUUCAGCAGAGAAAGCAUCCAAGCUUCUGUUAGCUCAGUAGACCACACUGAAUUCUAGGAAAACUAUAAAUACUAUUUUAAGGCAAAAGUAAAAUUUUCAUUGUGAAUGUCAAAUCCUGUGUAAAUAUUUUGGGCAGAGAGAGUGUCCCAGCCCUGAAGAAGGGGCUGGCUUUGCUACUAAUCAAUAGCACCUGCAAGCAUUCCUGUCCCUGGCUCAUCUCCUGAACUUGAAUGGGGGCUCUCUGACUGCAGAUAAUUUUGGUUACGUGGUGUUUCUCAACCAUGAAUGUGUCUUUUUGCUUCUGGUUUUAAACUAGGGUGUGAAGAAUCAUUAAAAGAGACUGCACAGGGCCUCCCCUGGUGGCGCAGCGGUUGAGUGCUGGGUUGCAAGGCUGCCUGCAGCCUCUGCAGUGCCAGUUCAAUCCCCAGCCACUGGCGAGUGUCCCACAAAAAAAAAAAA